CCCGGCUAAACGUUUACGCGGAACUACAAGGGGCACAAAUUAAAUAAGUCCAGGUCUAUGUACGUCGUCGUUUAGAUAAGCCCGAAAACCCUUUAGAGCAGGCCCGAGCCCUAACACGAUAGACUGUGCAGAGUUCAAAGGUCCCGUCCUCAUCUCCCGCUCCAUUGAUUAGCCUUCAUCGUGCUUCUUGAAACCCUAGAUUUCGCCUUCCUACAUCUAGUCCAAAAUGAAGCUUGUCAGGUUUUUGAUGAAGUUGAACAACGAGACUGUAUCAAUUGAGCUUAAGAACGGAACCGUUGUUCACGGCACUAUUACAGGUGUGGAUAUUAGUAUGAAUACUCAUCUGAAGACUGUUAAACUAACACUUAAGGGGAAAAAUCCAGUAACUUUGGAUCAUCUAAGUGUGAGGGGUAACAAUAUUCGCUAUUAUAUCCUUCCCGACAGCUUGAAUCUUGAGACUUUGCUGGUUGAAGAGACACCUAGGGUCAAACCUAAGAAGCCAACUGCUGGGAGGCCUGUGGGACGUGGUCGGGGCCGUGGACGUGGUCGUGGACGUGGUAGAGGCCGCUAGAUCUGCUGCACGUAUUUCAAUUUUUGUGGCAUCUGGUUAUGUAAAACGCCUAUGUUGUAAGGAGAAUUUGUUGGUAAAGAUAGGAACGCAAAGAAUGCUAUUGGUAUUUUUACAAUCCUUUUCGCCUUAUAGAGGCUAACUUGCUGAUUCUGUGAGUUCUCUCACUUCUCAAUGGUUGAAUUUCGUCGAGCGCUAGCAGGAAGUUGGGAAUUGACGAGUUCAUGAUUUGUUACCAGCGAUGUCUUUUAUCCUUAAAUAUGUGUCUAGCAUUUACCAUCAUUUUCUGAAUAUCCAAUUCUGGAUUAUCAUUUUACUAGAA